GGAAAGGGAAGAGGUAGAAGGACAAGCAUUGCUGUCGUAGUCUUGCUUUGGGACCCAAUAUCAUAUAGCCAUCAAUGCCUGCCGCUGAAGGUUGUUAAUUUGAGCUCCAUUGCUUCUUUUGGAAAGGUUGGUAACUAAGAGUGUUAUUUCCAAACGUGGAAGAAGAAGGAGAGAGAGAGAGAGAGAGGAUACUAAGGCAACUCUUCGAAUAGUAUGACUUGAAUUUCUUGUCCAUGUGCUCCAACCACUACUGAAUUGUUCAUUUCUUCUUCCUAUGCCCUUGCUUUGUAAUGAAAGCGAUGCUGUGAGCUUUUGUUUCCCUUUUGAUUCAGAAAGAGAGAGAGAGAGAGAGAGAGAGAGAGAGCAUUUGAUUGAAGUCUUCAAGUUUUAGAAGCAAAAGUGCCCAGUCCAACUUUGGGUCUUGAACUGCUCUUGAGCACCAGCAAAUUUAUCCUUCUCCUGCUAGUUGUAGUGCUCCAAGCUCCUUCCCAAGUUCAGGAACCUGUUUGUCUAUAAUUUCUUUUUCUUUAAUCCUUGUGCUAGACUAUUCUAUGUUGUCACUCUACUUUAUUUGUCUUCUAGUUUUGUAGUCAAAUCUUUGAGCCAGACUAUGUUAUGAGGAAGAGAAGGGUGUCAUCUCAACAUUCCUAGAAGAAAAAGCGGCAAGCAAAUUCUCCAUUUUCGGAGGACAGAGACUCUGUUUUGUCUGAAAAAGAAGCAACCAGCAUUCUCUAUGCUUGCUAUUUUUCUCAGCAAUGGGACCUGUCCGUUAAGAUAGCUGCCCAGCUUCUGCCCUCUCCACUGGAUUUUGUAGUCCGAGAUUUGUUUGUGCUUCCGUGAAAUUCUUAGGGCCUCUUAUUGGGAAAUUUUACAAUGCUUUUACUGGUGCAAUAAGGUGGGAGGUGGGUGGGAUUUCUUGUGAGUUCUGAGUAGAGAUCAAGGUUAUCUGUCAAGCAAUGGAGGCAGCCGCUGGUAACCCGGAAGAGUUGCCUAAGAAGCACCUGAGGAAGCAGCUUGCUGCUGCUGUUAGGAACAUACAGUGGAGCUAUGCAAUCUUUUGGUCUAUCUCAACAAGACACCAAGGUCUCUUAGCAUGGAGUGAUGGGUACUAUAAUGGUGAUAUAAAGACAAGAAAGACUACUCAACCAAUGGAGUUUAAAGCUGAUCAAAUUGCUCUACAGAGAAGUGAGCAAUUGAGAGAGCUAUACGAGUCUCUUUUAGCAGGUGACAACGAACAGCAGAGCACAAGACCUUCUGCAUCACUAUCACCUGAAGAUCUGACAGGCACGGAGUGGUAUUACUUGGUUUGCAUGUCUUUCACCUUCAGUCCAGGCCAAGGGUUGCCAGGUAAAGCCUUAGCAAGCAAUCAGCAGAUCUGGUUAAGCAAUGCUCAGUUUGCAGAUAGUAAACUUUUCUCACGCUCUCUUUUAGCGAAGAGUGCAUCUAUCCAGACUGUGGUGGGCAUUCCAUAUAUCGGUGGUGUGCUAGAGCUAGGUACAACUGAGUUGCAAAUCACGACUUCCUUCUGGGAACUGCCUAUCUCUGUUUGCUCUGAGCAAUCUAUAUCCAGUCCUCCACUGGCAGAAAAGGAUGAAGAUAUCUUGUGCCCUAAUCUUGAUCAUGACAUUGUUGAUACGACUUUGGAGGAUCAUCACUUAAUGGCUGACUGUUUGGUCCCUUUGGAGAGUGGGACAGCAGCUAUCCCUUUUGGUAUUCAUUCUUAUGGCCCUGACAAAGAGAAUGAUUUAAUCCAGGAUAAGGUUGAGGAACCACACACAAAUAUCUGCAAAGAACUUAAAAUAGGUUCUCCUGAUGACAGUUCAAAUGAGUGUUGUGCCAAUCAACAAACUAAUGAUUCAUUUAGAAUUGAGGGACUGAAUGGCACAUCUCAAGUGCAGAAUGGGUGGUUGAUGGAUGAUGACAUCAGCAAUGGUUUACAUGGUUCUUUGAACUCAAAUGACUGUAUAUCUCAGUCCUUUGUGAAUCCUCGAAGGUUCCUCUCCUGUCCAGCAGGUGAGCGAAUAAAGAAUCAUGUCCUUGAUAGCCUACAGGAAGGAGAUUACACGAAGCUCAUCUCACUGGAUCUUGAUGGUGAAGAGUCACACUAUGUAAAGACACUUGCUGCCAUCUUAAUGAACUCCAAGCAGCCGACAUCAAUACCAUGCUUUCCUAGUGGUGCACGUGAAUCCAGUUUUGUGGUUUGGAGGAGAAGUUUGAACACUCCAAAACCACUCUACACCAUUUCACAGAGGUUGUUGAAGCAAAUUUUGGUCGAUACUGUGUGGAUGCAUGGUGGCCAGCCACUGAAACCCCAAGAAGAAGAUGGGUUCUGCCACAAAGUGUGGAAAUCAGAAGGAGAUGAUGCUAGUGCAAGUCAUGUGUUGUCAGAAAGAAGGAGACGAGAAAAGCUAAAUGAGAAGUUCCUUGCACUCAGAUCACUGGUUCCUUUCAUUAGCAAGGUUGACAAAGCAUCCAUCCUUGGUGACACAAUACAGUAUCUGAAAGAACUUGAGAGAAGGGUAGAGGAAUUGGAAUCUUGCAGGGAGUUAGGGGAGCCGGAACCUAGAGGAAGAAGGACGCAUCCUGAUAUUGCAGAGAGGACAUCUGAUAAUUAUGGCAACAAGAAGAUUGCAAAUGGCACAUGGCCUUGUGCAAACAAGAGGAAGGUUCGCGACAUCGAUGAAGCAGAGGUCGAACGUCAUUGUGUCUUAUCAAAGGAUGGUCCAGUUGAUGUUAUUGUUACUGUGAUUGAGAAAGAGGUUCUCCUAGAGCUGCAGUGUCCAUGGAGGGAAUGUUUGCUUCUUGAGAUAGUUGAUGCGAUAAGCAACCUCCAUUUAGAUCCUCUCUCUGUGCAGUCAUCCACUGUUGAUAACAAUCUUGCAGUGACAAUAAAAGCCAAGUUUAAGGGUUCAGUUGUAGCAUCGCCAGGAAUGAUCAAGUGGACACUUCAGAGAGUUGUAGGUAAAAGUUGAGGAUAGUUUAUUUUGGUAGGCCAUAUACUAAUCACCAAGGUAAGCUAAUCUUGAGCUUGUAGAAUACAUUUAAAUUUAUGGUGAGCCGUGAGAACAUUCUCUGGCUAACAUGUAUGGGACUUUGUGCAAUCUCUUCCAGCUGUUUUGUCAGUAACUAAUCUCUGCUCCUCUAUUGAUGAUUUUAGCUAUAUUUGCCUGGACACCUGUAACGGUUAUCAUGUGUUCUCAACAUGGUGUUCGGUUUGAU